AUGUAUCCAAAUAAGGCUAAAAGGCCAGUAACCAGUAUGUUGCAAGUUCGCCAUGAAGGUAAAUAUCCUCACUUUUCAAUUAUAUCAAUCACUUUUAUUCUACUUAAACAUUUCGUUUCCCAUCUUAGAAUAUUGGAAGAGCCGAAUCAAAGGGAAAGUGGAGACUUGAUACCAUCAUUAUCAGCAGUAUCUGUCAUUAUUCCCAUUAGCAAAUUCUA